CGCCGCGUGCCCACCCCCGGGGGCUGCUGCAGCCUACGCUAUACUGCCACAGCCUGCCGCCCGCGGAGCCCGAGCCCGACCCGGAGCGCGCAGAGCUCGACUUGGGCUCCUGGGCCGCGGCGGCGGGCAGGCGAUGCUCCAGAGGCCUGAGCAGCCAUGGAGGCCGAGGCGGGCGGCCUGGAGGAGCUGACGGACGAGGAGAUGGCGGCGCUGGGCAAGGAAGAGCUGGUGCGGCGCCUGCGGCGGGAGGAGGCGGCGCGCCUGGCGGCUCUGGUGCAGCGCGGCCGCCUCAUGCAGGAGGUGAAUCGGCAGCUGCAGGGUCACCUGGGCGAGAUCCGCGAACUCAAGCAGCUCAACCGGCGCUUACAGGCCGAGAACCGUGAGCUGCGCGACCUCUGCUGCUUCCUGGACUCGGAGCGCCAGCGCGGCCGGCGAGCCGCGCGCCAGUGGCAGCUCUUCGGGACCCAAGCAUCCCGAGCCGUGCGCGAGGACUUGGGCGGCUGUUGGCAGAAGCUGGCCGAGCUGGAGGGCCGCCAGGAGGAGCUGCUGCGGGAGAACCUGGCGCUUAAGGAGCUCUGCCUGGCUCUGGGCGAGGAGUGGGGCCCCCGGGGCGGCCCCGGCGGCGCUGGGGGCUCAAGCGCCGGGCCGACACCCGAGCUCGCCUUGCCCCCCUGCGGGCCCCGCGACCUGGGCGAUGGAAGCUCCAGCACCGGCAGCGUGGGCAGUCCCGAUCAAUUGCCCCUGGCCUGCUCCCCAGAUGACUGAGGGCUCAGCUUCCUUCACGUCGACGCUCGACCAGACUGCUUCCCAAGCGCCGGGACUGAGGUGAACCUCGGGACCUGGACGCCGUCCCGCCUGCGCACGAGGGGCCGCUGGCAUGGAUUUGGAAACUCUGGCACCAAGGAGGGCCCCUCGCUCUCGCUGAUGGGGCAGCAGGGGGACUGGAGGCUGGAAAGAAGGGACUUGCUGGGGGCGGGGUGGGGGCUAAUAAACUGGAACGGAAGCAGA